GGAGGAGGAGGAGGAGGAGGGGAGCUGGUCUGGGAUCAGAUGUCUGGCUGGAGGAGGAGUUGUGGUGUCGGUCUGCAGCUCAGAUCAGAUUUUUCACACAAAAGCCUGAAGCUGCCGAGAGAGAAGAGCGACUGACCGACCGUCUGUGUGACUGACCGUCUGUCUGUCUGUUUGGACAAACUGACGCUGGAAUGAAGGAUUAAAAAUCAGCAGAGGAAGUGAACCUGAAGCAGCAGGAGGAGGAGAAAUCAGGAAAAAGUGUAAAGUUGAAGGAAAAGUGAAGCGACUUCUGUAUUGGAGCUGAGUCGGCACAUUCUGGAUUCUUCAGGAGGAAACUAAGGAGAGAAGAUUUACUCAGACAAGGUCAAGUUAUUUUUCUUUGCAUCCGCUCUGAUCUGAUCUCUGAGCAUCUGAGGAAAGUUGUUAUUGAAUCACAUUAGUUGGAUUCUACUGAUCUGAUGGAGACGAGACGAUUUCUACGUUUUCUGAUAGAGUGACAGAAAGAGGGAGAGAUGGGAGAGAGAGGGGGAGGAUGAGGGAGGGAGACUCUGACCUCCACAUGACUUCAACCCGACAACGAGCAGAAACGUGAUGCUGAAAUUCUGCUGAAGUUCUGCUGAAACAGACUUUAUGUGAUGUGAUGAACUUUCUGGGGACUCGACAGGAAGUGACUGAUUCAAACACAAACUUUCAGAUUAAAUGUUUCAUUUUGAAACAAACGGAAACAUGAAUAUGAACUGAAACAAACAAAGAGUGACCUCUGACCUGCGUACAGGUGUGGACUGACGUACCUGUACAGGUGUGGACUGACGUACCAGCGCGGCAUGCAGCUGAACCGACCUCGUAGCACCUUGCUCGGGUUCAACCUCCCCUCUCCUCCUCCUCCUCCCUCACCUCCUCCUCCGCCCCCUCCUCCCUCCUUCUCCAGUCAGUUCAGCACCAGGAGGUUCUCCUACCACCUGAACACCACCUCAACGCCACCAUCACUCCGCAGCUCCACCCGCAGGACAGGUCCCUCCUCCUCCUCCAGUCCCAGUUUGCUGACUAAGAGUCUCUCUCUGGAGCCGUCCUGCUCUCCGUGUGGCCAUCAGGGGGCGCUGGACGCUGAUGCUCCCCAACAGCUGAGCUCCGACCCGGGGCCCAGCUCCUCGUUAUCAGGCCCCGCCUCCCUGGAGGGAGGCACGGAGCUAACGGAGCGCCGCGGCUCUGCUAAUGGGCUGCUGCUAGUCAACGACACGGGGCCGCCUGAACUGCCGAGUACCACAGUAACACCACCGAGCAAGAGCAGACCGCCGCUGCCCGGACCGAAACCUCAGGUCCCCCCGAAGCCCCCACACCUCCAGCAGCAGGCUGGGGUGUCGAGGCCACGACCCCGGGCUCCAGAUAAGCCCCUCCCCCCUACCCCGCCCUGCAGACCCCUCCCGGCGGACCCCCGGGGUGGCCGGACUCCGCCCACCCGCGCCGAUGGCACCGCCUCCCCCACCUGUGUCCUGUCACUCAUCGAGAAGUUUGAGCGCGAGCAGAUCAUCGUGGUUCCUGACAUCACCGGGGGGGCUCUGUGUCCCCGCCUCCUUGACCCCCCCUCCUCCCUCUCUCGACCUUCAUCACCAUCGUCAUCAUCAUCGCCCGCCCUUCCCCCACCUGAUGAGCAGCCGCCCUCUGAGCUCAAAGAUCAUGAUGACAUCACACUGGGGGGUGAGGGGGAGGAGGGAGACGGUGACCUGCAUGAUGACCAUAAUGAUAAUGAUGAUGAUGAUGAUGAUGAAGAGCUGGCGGCGGCGUGUCGUGACGACCUCCAUCAGAAGCGUCUCUCCAUGGAGUCGGGUUACAGCGCCUCAGAGAAACACAUGGAGGACGACGUGGUUGCCGUGGAGAUGAGGGAGCAACAACAGCAGCAACCGCCGCCGCUCGACCAAUCGGAGAUCCCCUCGGAGCGUCUGUCCCUCCCCUCUUCGCAGACGGAGGGGAAACUGGCCAAUCGGGACAGCGGCAUCGACAGCAUCAGCUCUCCGUCGCACAGCGAGGAGCUCUGCUUCGCCGGCGUGGAUGACGUGGGCGUGGCUUACCCCUGCAGCCCCGCCCUCCUGCCCCGCCUCUCCAGCUCGUCCUCGUACGCGGGGGAGGGAGAGGAGGGGGAGGCGCGGGGCGGGGCCAGGAGGAGGAGGGAUUUCUCUGAGGAGGGAGACAGCGACCUGGAGGAGGAGGAGGCCGAGCUGACCCUGGUGCUGCCGCCCCCCAAGACAGACAGACAGGACUCUGUUGAGCUGUCUGUCCAGCAGAGGGUUUUCAAUAUCGCCAACGAGCUGCUGCACACAGAGACCGCCUACGUCUCUAAGCUCCACCUCCUGGACCAGGUUUUCUGUGCCCGACUCCUGGACGAGGCCCGGUCCCGCUCCUCCUUCCCCUGCGACGUGGUUCAAGGAAUCUUUUCCAACAUCUGCUCCAUCUACUGUUUCCAUCAGCAGUUCCUGCUGCCGGCGCUGCAGAAACGGAUGGAGGAGUGGGACUCAAACUCGCGGAUCGGGGACAUCCUGCAGAAGCUGGCGCCCUUCCUGAAGAUGUACGGCGAGUACGUGAAGAACUUUGACCGAGCCAUGGAGCUGGUGAACAUCUGGAUGGAGAGAUCGGCUCCGUUCAAGACCAUCAUCCAGGAGAUCCAGAGGGAGGAGCGUUGUGGGAACCUGACUUUGCAGCAUCACAUGUUGGAGCCGGUUCAGAGGAUUCCUCGCUACGAGCUGCUGCUCAAAGAUUAUCUCCACCGUCUGCCGGAGGACGCACCGGACCACCGGGACGCCCAGAAGUCUCUGGAGCUGAUCGCCACGGCAGCAGAACACUCCAACGCUGCCAUCAAGAAGAUGGAGCGAAUGAGGAAGUUGUUGAAGGUGUACGAGUUGUUGGGAGGAGAAGAAGACAUCGUUAACCCGACCAAUGAGCUCAUUAAAGAAGGACACAUCCUCAAACUGUCCAACAAGAACGGGACCACACAGGACAGAUACCUCAUCCUGUUUAACGACAGGUUGCUCUACUGCGUCCCCAAGCUGCGUCUGAUUGGUCAGAAGUACGGCGUCCGUGCUCGCAUCGAUGUGGACGGGAUGGAGCUGAAGGAGACAAGCAGUGCUGCAGUUUCCAGGACGUUCGUGGUGUCUGGAAAACAGAGAUCCCUGGAACUGCAGGCCAGGACGGAGGAGGAGAAGAAAGACUGGAUACAGGCCAUCCAGGCGACCAUCCAGAGACACGAGCAGACGAUGGAGAGCUUCAGACACCUCAACUGUUCCCUAAGAGAUGACGAGUCCACACCGCCUCACUCCCCGAGCUGCGUGGAGUUGGGAAAACGAGCUCCGACUCCGAUCAGAGAGAAGGAGGUCACUCUGUGUAUGAAGUGUCAGGAGCCGUUCAACUCCAUCACCAAGAGACGCCACCACUGUAAAGCCUGCGGACACGUGGUUUGUGGGAAAUGUUCAGAGUUUCGUGCUCGCCUUUCGUACGACAACAACCGCACCAACCGAGUUUGUAUCGACUGCUACGCCAUGCUGGUGGGGGCGUCGCCCUCUCCCGCCUUGCUGAGCAGCAGCACCCAGAGGAGACGCUCCAUCCUGGAGAAACAGGCCUCCCUGGCUGCAGAGCACAGUGUGAUUUGUAGUUUUCUUCACCACAUGGAGAAAGGAGGUGGGCGGGGCUGGCAGAAGGCCUGGUUCGUCAUCCCCGAGAACGAACCGCUGGUGCUCUACAUCUACGGAGCUCCACAGGACGUGAAGGCGCAGCGCAGUGUGCCUCUGAUUGGCUUCGAGGUGUCCCUUCCUGAGUCAUGUGACCGCCUGGAGCGACGCCACGCCUUCAAGAUCUCCCAGAGUCACCUGACCCUGUACUUCAGCGCCGACGGGGAGGAGCUACAGCGGCGAUGGAUGGACGUCCUGCUGAGGGCCGGGAGGGGGGAGGAGCCUCAGCUUCCCCUGUCAAUCGCGGAGUGUCUGGAGGAGGAGGGGGAGGAGCUGGCAGCUGCAGCGGAGGGGGAAAACACGUGAUUCUAUCGUACGAGGAAGAAUGUCGAUGAUGAAGACCAGUCAACACACACACACACACACACACACACACACACUGCAUGACUCCUCCUCGCUGUCAGACACAAGAUGGCGUCUUUCUCUUCCUCACCUGUUUUUUUCUUACCUGCGCUGUGAUGCAGUGAGGUGGGCGGAGCCUCUUCUCCCACAGUACAUCCUCACAUUCUCCCUUCUUCAGUUUGGUCUUAAAGUACCCAUAAGCCUCAGCUGCCGUUGCUGUGGAGACAGCUCCAUCCAAAGCUGUGACAUCAGAGUUGUGUCCGUAUCCAUCAGCAGUAAGAAGCUCUCUGAUUGGACGGUGUUAUCAGCUGUUUCCCUUCAAUAGAAAUCUAAUAACAGAACAGACAGAUUUAUUAUUACUGAUAUUCAUUCAUCUCUCAAUAUAUAGAGCCCCCUGAAACACCAGACCAGUGUACUGAGAGACUGGACUGAGAUCCAGAAGCUACUGGAACCCACAAACCAGAUCUGGACUCUGCCUGAACCCAGUUAGACCAGUAGAGUCCAGCUCGGUGACCCUGUGGAUCACACUCAUACUGGACAAUUCUGAACCUCAAGGUUUACGUCCAACGGCAAUGUUUAGAUGCAGGAAGAAGGAGAGUGAAUGUAGGACGUGGUUCUGGAGGACGUGGUUCUGGAGGACGGACAUGUAGCGCGUUGGAGUUCAUGUCCCCAGAACCAGCGCCUGCAGUCACACACAUUUAGUAAAAAAAUUUGAAUUUAAAACUGUUGGUGUCGGACGUAAAUCUGGUAAAUUGUCUGAUAUCAACGUUCUGAUGUGAUUCGGACCCGAACUGAUCCGGGUCCAAGUUCUGGUCUCUGACAGACGAGUGGAAAACAAGCACAUAAACAUGUUGAGCUGAAUGAUCCACAACACCAACAAGAGAUUCCUCCUGGUUUUCCUGAAACACGUCAACAGGAAAUGGAUAUAAACCGAUGUGAGAUUUUUAAAACACCACAGAAGAAGAAGACGUGUCCUCUUUAGAUGCACUUAAAGACAUUUGUCCCCUGAAGGAGAAAGUCCUUCUGUUUGUUUGAUUUUGAAACUUCACUGCUGCCACCUGUCCUCCAAACCUGGAGGUAAAACUACAUUUCCCAGCAGCCUCUGCUCCAAUGCUUGAAGCCUCUCUGUCAUCUGCUGGUGAAGUCGGGUACUGCAGAUUUUUAUUCGUCGCGCUCUGGAAGAAAUCUCACUUUACCAUUUAUACGUAUUAUUAAUAUAUUACUUUCUUUAUCAGACGUUUAGUUCUCAGAGUUCAACUUUUCAGAAACACUUAAACAUGAAGCAGAGACGUUUUUGACUUGAAAAGUCCAAAUAAAAAUAUAAAAGACAGUCUCAAAAUUGUGACUUAAAAAGUCAAAAUACACUUAGUGUCUCAUUAUUUGAGCAACGCUUUGGAAACUGUGAACCUCAUUUGACAAACAAAGUCAAAAAAUUAUGAUUUAGUUUUGUGUCAAUUUAACUUCCAUCACUAUUUUUUAUUUUUGUCAUUCUGAACAUUCGACCAACGUUUGUUUUCGGGGUCAAAUGAGCUUCCACACAAAGUCACAAAGCAUCAACUGUGAAAUUAUUCCAACGGAAACCAUUGUGAUGGUCAGCCGACCAAUCAGAGAGCGUUAAGAUGAUGACAUCAACACAUUCUCACUCCAACUCGUCAAAUAUCACCGCUUGGUCGGUGCCCCUUGGCAUCGGGCGGCUGUGGCUCAGAGGGUAGAGCAGGUUGUCAACCAAUCAGAAGGUCGGUGGUUCGAUCCCCGGCUGCUCCGGGUCACAUGUCGAUGGGUCCUUGA